GUAGGUACAUUUUAGUUUGAAUCAGGUGAUAUAACUAUGGAAGGAGUUGGGGCAACCGCAAAAAAGGCUCACAAUUUGAGCAAACCCAUGUUGAUAUACGCUUUCACUGUCGUUACGGUUGUUUUAGCGCUGGCGUUUAUGCUGUACUCUCUACCAGCCCCAUUUCUGCCUCUCUAUCACGCUGAUAGAAAUGUGUCGUCGGUUUGGGACGGAGUUAUUCUUGGCGUGGUCCCAGUCGGGUUCCUCAUUUCUUGUGCCCCCACUGCCCAGCUGAUGGAAAAUUUCAAUUACAAGCCGCUUUUGAUGACUGGUUCCGGUACUCUCGGAAUUAUCUUUAUCAUUAAUAGUUUCUUCAACAGAAUCACGAACAACACACUCUACAUUGUUCUCUCCGGUAUCUUCCGAGUGGUAGCCGGCAUCGCAAUUGGACUCGUCUCCGUUCCCUCCUUUGGAGUGCUUACCAAAAUGAUCCCCACCCGAGUUGCUUUUGUUACAGCCCUGGCAGAGGCUGCUUUGAACGGGGCACAAGCCUUCGGACCUUUCAUGGGCAGUUUGCUGUAUGACGCUGGAGGUUACAGUCUAGCGUUCUGGGGUCCAGGUAUUAUAAUCGCUUGCUGUGUGCUGUUAGAAUUCACCAUACCACGUGUUAACACCCUGCCCGAUCAAACUGACACUAACGACAGUAUGAAGGUGUACAAGGACCCCUGGAUAAUGAUGGCUGCCUGGCACUGUGCUGCUUGUCAGAUUCUACUUUAUUUUCACCUCCCAACACUGGCUCCAUUUGUUGAACGAGCUCUGGGAGAGACGGUGGUAUGGACCGGACUUGCACUUCUCGUCAACACCAGCACCAUUAUCAUAAGUGCACCUCCUUUAGGCUGGUUAAUCGAUAGAUUCAACCCUUAUUUUUUCGUAAUGUUCUCAGCUGUAAUUCUGCCUUUCCUUUACAUGUUCAUUGGACCUAUACCUUUAUUCCAUGUAGCAACAUCUAAAAUGCAGGUUAUGUUGGUGCUGGCUCUGUUGGGAUUCUUUGUACCAAUGGGAUGCACUCCAAUACUGCUCAUCAUGUUUGAAGUUUACAAGUUGAGGAAUGGAGGGGAGAUGUCCAUCUCAGCAUCCAACACGAUAGUCUCUGUGUACUGUUCUUGUUUCCCACUUGGCGCUUGUAUUGGUUCCUUUGCUGCAGGGAUUUUGUCUCUUUACAUCCCGUUUGAAGAGUCCACUGGAGGGUUAGGAUUUAUUUUUAUUGCGCAGUCCAUCUUUUCCUUCAUCUACUGCUGGAAAAUCAGAGACAUGAAGAAAGAUAAGACCAUCGAAGAACGAAAGCCCCUGCUCGGCUGACAGCGGGGUCGAAUAAGUAGCAUGUGACAUUUUGUGUGCUAGCCUAUUAAUUAAAAAAAGUUAUGUUUAUAAAUUGGGACUAACAGUUGGAUACUUUUGCCUACAGUACAAUUCGCGUUCUUUCUUUAAUUUUAUUGGACUGCAUGGUUGAGCAAUCCAAGAUAUCGAUAAUACAGUUUACCCGAUCGUUGCGUUUAUAGUUAUACAGUUAGAGUUAUAGAGUUACUACACUGCGGGAUUCAAGUUUUAUCCAUAAAGUAUCAGUUAUUUUAC